AAACAGUCCAGGAAAUUGCGUCUUCACUUCCGGGUUUCUCGGAAACACGUGUGAGAUUGGAGAAUUGUGUUUGAGUUAUGGCACAGAAGAAACGCAGGACGGGAAAAUCACGUAAGCCCCGUGGUGACCGGGACAGUGACGAUAGCGACACCAAGGAGUUUGAGGUUGAAGUCGGAAUCCCGGAGCAGGAUGACGUGCGACUUCCUUCCUUCCCUACGGCCGAGUGUGGCUCAGACACAGAAAUGGACACCAGACAGAUGGUCCGGGCACAAAACAAGAAGAAAAAAAAAUCAGGGGGAUUUCAGUCUAUGGGUCUAAGUUACCCUGUCUUUAAGGGAGUGAUGAAAAGGGGUUACAAGGUGCCCACCCCAAUCCAGAGAAAGGUAAUCCCCGUCAUUUUGGAUGGCAAGGAUGUAGUAGCUAUGGCUAGGACAGGAAGUGGUAAGACGGCUUGCUUCCUUAUCCCCAUGUUUGAGAAGUUAAAAGCGCACAGUGCCCAGACAGGAGUCCGCGGGCUUAUACUUUCACCAACUCGAGAACUGGCGCUGCAAACCCUGAAAUUCACCAAGGAGCUGGGAAAAUUUACUGGACUGAAAACUGCUCUCAUUUUGGGGGGAGACAGGAUGGAAGAUCAGUUUGCUGCUUUGCAUGAAAAUCCAGACAUAAUCAUUGGCACCCCUGGUCGUUUGAUGCAUGUGGCAGUGGAAAUGAAUCUUAAGCUGCGCUGUGUGGAAUAUGUGGUAUUUGAUGAAGCAGACAGACUUUUUGAAAUGGGCUUUGCAGAACAAUUGCAGGAGAUCAUCUCUCGUCUUCCAGAUACUCGGCAAACUCUGCUGUUCUCUGCCACUCUCCCCAAGAUGCUUCUUGAGUUUGCCCGUGCAGGUCUUACUGAGCCUGUUCUGGUCCGUCUGGAUGUUGACACUAAACUAAGUGACCAACUAAAGCUGUCCUUCUUUCACAUGAGAGAAGAAGAAAAACCAGCUGUGCUUUUGCAUCUCUUGCGUUGUGUGGUGAAACCACAAGAACAGACAGUUGUGUUUGUGGCAACUAAACAUCAUGCUGAAUAUCUUAGAGAGUUGUUGGACAUGCAGGGCAUCCCCUGCUCUCACAUAUACAGUUCUCUGGAUCAGACAGCCAGGAAGAUCAAUUUGGGUUUGUUCCUUCAUGGAAAGGUGCGUGCUCUAAUGGUCACAGAUGUUGCUGCUCGAGGCAUUGACAUUCCCAUGCUGGACAACGUUAUCAACUACAGUUUCCCCCCCAAAGCCAAGCUCUUCUUGCAUCGUGUUGGUCGCGUGGCAAGAGCAGGUCGUAGCGGCACUGCUUACUCCCUUGUAGCACCUGAUGAAAUGCCAUAUGUGUAUGACCUUCACCUUUUCCUUGGGCGGCCUUUGAAGUUGGCAGGAUCUUAUGAAAUGGAUGAUGAACAAGAUGGAGUGCUGGGACGUGUACCGCAGACUGUAAUAGAUGAUGAGGAGUCUCUCCUGAUCACAGACCAUGAGCGAUCACUGGACCUGCAGAAUCUACACCAUGUGGCAGAGAAUGCUUACAAACAGUACUGUAAAUCCAGACCAGCACCUGCCCCAGAGUCUAUCAAAAGGGUCAAGGAGGCAAAUUACUCUCAGCUGGGCAUCCAUCCCAUAUUCUGGUCUCAGCUUGGUGGAGAGGAGAUGCAGAGAUUAAAGGUUGUGGACAGUAUCAAAACCUAUAAACCUAAAGUGACCAUCUUUGAAAUAAACGCUACAAAUAAGACUCCUGCAAGUGAAGUGAUGCGAGCGAAGAGAAACCAGGACCAGAAGGUGAUCGCCAAAUUCAAACGGCUACAAGACGAGAAAAUAAGCGAAACAAAACUAGUGUCAACAAGCAAGAACUCCAUUCAACCUUCUGGUGAGGACUGUGAUGAAGAGAAUAUGGAGGGAGUCUUUUCACAAGUGUUUGGAAAGAGGAAGAGGAAAGACAAAGAUGAUGAUGAAGGCAACCAGAAAAAAAAAGGUGGAGGAACUCAAGAUACGGAAUAUUAUGUUCCAUACAAACCGAAGGAUUUUGAGAGUGAAAGAGGGCUCAGUGUUGGGGGCAGCAGCUUCGAGCAUGCGGCAGCAGGGGCUGUGCUGGAUCUACUGGGUGAUAAAACAGAGGAUCUAAGGAAGAACAAGAGCAUUAUGAAAUGGGAUCGUAAAAAGAAAAAGUUUGUGGGAACUGGUGGUCAUGAAGACAAAAAGAAAAUCAAAACUGAAAGUGGCCACCUCAUUAGCAGUUCUUACAAGAAGAAUAUAUAUGAGGACUGGAAGAAGAAAUAUAAGAUAGAUGAUCAGGAUUCUGAGGAGGAAAGAGACAAUCAGUCAGGAGGGAUGAGUCGAAGAGGGAGAGGUGGACGCAGUGGUUCUCGUGGACCUCCUCGACCAGAGACCCCUGGUGCUCAUGGGAAGCCCCGCUCUGAACUGCGUAACAAGCAGCAGAUUCUAAAGCAACGAAAGAUUCAGGAGAAGCAGAGAUUCUUACAGAGGGGAGGCAUGAAGCAAAUAAAGAACAGAACAAAGCAGCGGGCUCAAGAACUGAAGAGAUCAGCUUUUGGGAGAGGAAGGAGCAGCGGAUUCAAGAAAGGGAAGAUGAAGCGAUAGAACUCAAGGACAACUCUAUUGACUGGUGGUGGUCCAACAUGCACUGCUUCUUGUUUGGAAGGUUCAGGUUGUUGUAACCACUUUUUCAAUGGGUUAAACAAACCAGGAAGGUAUUCACACUCUUUAUUGGCAUGUGUGCCACGUCAGCAGGAUUUUUAAUCAGUGGAAUAUACAGAAAAUUAUGAAAAGAACCAUUGCUGGUGUAAGUAGUUAAUUGUAGAGGAACAGGGUUUUAAAUGUAAACAAAACUCAGCAUGAUGGACCUGGCCAAACAAAUUAACCUUCUUUCAUCCAGUAUCUCUGUGUAAUCUCUGCCUUCUUUUCUAUAAGUCUGUGUACCGUGUUGAGAAAAAACCCCAAUAUCAUACAAAGCUCUAGUAUGAGCAGCACAGGACAAAACAAUGUACAUAGUGAUUUUGUCCCUACAUUGUUUGUGUGUAUUUUUCUUUUCUUUAAAACGACAAACCUGUAUUUUAUGUACAGAGAGAGAUAUUUCUGUGCCUUAAAGUAUCACUACCGUUUAGCAGGAAUUAAAGGGGCUUUUCACCGUAAAAUAUUCUCCCCUUGUGUGCCCAGUUUUACUUGCUGGAAUGUAUUAAAUCAUUUCCAAACA